GCACUCUCAAGAAAACCCUUUUUAGUUCCCCCGAAUUGGGCCCCUGUUUCAGAGCCUAACAGGUCAGGCCCUGAGUGCCCCGGGUCCUCCACUGCCCCCACUCCCGUGACCUCACGACGAAUAACAUGGCAAUCAAUAGCCGCGAGCAACUCAUCGGACACCUCCUGGGAGCCAGGCACUGGCCCAGUGCUUGAGGGCUUUCUGACUUACUGCUUUCUCCUCCCCUCGGAGUGCCUCUUCUGGAGGCCGGGGUGAGAGGCAGAAGAGAAUGACCACGGAGAUCAGCGCUCGGGGCGGACAGCGUACCAUUGGGAAUGAGGAAUACAGCCUGUAUAGCAGCCUGAGCGAGGACGAGCUGGUCCAGAUGGCCAUUGAGCAGAGCCUGGCUGACAAGACUCGGGGCCCAACCACGGCUGAGGCCACUGUGUCCACGCGAGCCAACCGCCAACCUGCCCAUUUCUACCCAUGGACCAGGUCGACUGUGCCUCCUGAGAACUCGCCUGCCUCGGGCCCCAAGGGCCUGUUCCAAGGGGUCAUGCAGAAAUACAGGAACUCCCAGCUGGCGCCUGUGGACCCGGUGCUGAAGGCCAUCAAGGAAGGUGAUGAAGAGGCCUUGAAGGCUAUGAUCAAGGCGGGCAAGAACCUCGCAGAGCCCAACAAGGAGGGCUGGCUGCCGCUGCAUGAGGCGGCCUACUACGGCCAGCUGGGCUGCCUCAAGGCCCUGCAGCAAGCAUACCCUGCAGUCAUCGACCAGCGCACCCUGCAGGAGGAAACGGCCCUUUACCUGGCGACGUGCAGGGGACACCUGGACUGCCUCCAAUCCCUCCUCCAGGCUGGCGCCGAGCCUGACAUCUCCAACAAGUCCCGAGAGACCCCGCUCUACAAAGCCUGUGAGCGCAAGAACGCGGAGGCGGUGAGGAUGCUGGUACAGUACAACGCGGACACCAAUCACCGCUGCAACCGAGGCUGGACCGCUUUGCACGAGUCUGUUUCUCGCAACGACCUGGAGGUCAUGGAGAUCCUGGUGAGCAGAGGCGCCAAGGUGGAAUCCAAGAACGCCUAUGGCAUCACCCCCUUGUUCGUGGCCGCCCAGAGCGGGCAGCUGGAGGCCCUGAGGUUCCUGGCCAAGUACGGCGCCGACAUCAACACGCAGGCCAGCGACUGCGCGUCCGCCCUCUACGAGGCUUGCAAGAACGAGCACGAGGAUGUGGUGGAGUUUCUGCUGUCGCAGGGCGCCGAUGCCAACAAGGCCAACAAGGACGGCAUGCUCCCGCUGCACAUCGCCUCCAAGAAGGGCAACUACAGGAUCGUGCAGAUGCUGCUGCCGGUGACCAGCCGCACGCGCGUGCGCCGGAGCGGCAUCAGCCCGCUGCACCUGGCGGCCGAGCGCAACCACGACGCGGUGCUCGAGGCGCUGCUGGGCGCGCGCUUCGACGUGAACGCGCCGCUGGCGCCCGAGCGCGCGCGCCUCUACGAGGACCGCCGCAGCUCCGCGCUCUACUUCGCCGUGGUCAACAACAACGUGUACGCCACCGAGCUGCUGCUGCUCGCCGGCGCCGACCCCAACCGCGACGUCAUCAGCCCCCUGCUCGUGGCCAUCCGCCACGGCUGCCUGCGCACCAUGCAGCUGCUGCUGGACCACGGCGCCAACAUCGACGCCUACAUCGCCACGCACCCCACCGCCUUCCCCGCCACCAUCAUGUUCGCCAUGAAGUACCUGUCGCUGCUCAAGUUCCUCAUGGACCUCGGCUGCGACGGCGAGCCCUGCUUCUCGUGCCUGUACGGCAACGGCCCGCACCCGCCCGUCCCGCCGCCCUCCAGCCGCUUCAGCGACGCGCCCGCCACGGAUAAGGCGCCCGGCGUGGUGCAGUUCUGCGAGAUCCUGUCUGCCCCGGAGAUGAGCCGCUGGGCGGGGCCCAUCAUCGACGUCCUCCUGGACUACGUAGGCAACGUGCAUCUCUGUUCGCGGCUGAAGGAGCACAUCGACAGCUUCGAGGACUGGGCUGUCAUCAAGGAGAAGGCAGAACUCCCGAGGCCCCUGGCUCACCUGUGCCGGCUGCAAGUGAGGAAGGUGGUUGGAAAGCACCGCAUAAAACUCCUGGACGCGUUGCCCCUCCCGGGCAGGCUGAUUCGGUACCUGAAACACGAGAAUACCCAGUAACCAAGGCCGCGUGGAGGAGUCGCUCCUCAGACUGUCACUAAGCCUCAGGACAGCCGUGUCCCCAAAUCCCAGGGGGCCUGAUGACAGAACGAGGCCGUGGGUUGGCCUCCGUGGCAGCUGGGGCAGCCGCCGUGACCUCACCAGGUCUCUGGGCCAGAGCUUUGCCCGGACCAGAGAACACAACGUGUCAAGUGGGAGGAAAACCCGUGUUUGUUUUCAACCUGAUGAGCAGAGCCCAGACUUUCUCUGCCGUUGGGAAUGGCAGAGACCCCAAGGGCAGAAGUUGGGGGGGGGGCGGCAGGUGGGAGCCAGCAGGGCAGCCGCAGCCCCGCCCCCGACGCUUUCAGGGAUGUGUCUGCCUUUCGGAGACAACCUGCCACCGGGCUGUCCCGGUCCCCUCCCACUUUGUCUGUAAAACUCUCCACUUGACUCCUGAGCUUUUUUCCUGGAGGUGUGAUCCGGCGGGGGUGGGUGGGGGACCCACGUGUCAAGUACAAUAAAUGUUGCACAGAUGACA